UCGAGCCAGGCGGCGGGGCGGCAGGGCAGGGCAGCAGAGACUCCGCCGGGGAGCCGGGCAGCAUGGAGGGGGCAGCCCCGCUCCGGAGCCGCGCUGGCCGGGCGCUCCGGGAUCGGCCCGCCGGACGCCGCCUGCUCCUCGCCCGGGCGGCGGCGCUGCACAUGCUGCUGGGGCUGCUGCGCUCCAGCCCCGCGGAGGCUGCCCGACCGCCAGAGCUGCCACCCCAAGGAGAGUAUGUCACUCCCCGCUGGAUUUUGGGAGGACGGAGCAGGCGAGCAGUUGGCGUGGCAGAAGAGGCUCCAUCACCUGAUCAUGGAGAGGUAGCCCUGACUGUGGAAGGCAAGGAAUUUGUGCUGGUCCUGGAAAAAAAUCAGUUGCUGUCUCCAGAUUACACAGAGAUCCAUUACGACAAGGACGGGCAGCAAGUGAUUGUCCCACCCAACCACACUGAACAGUGUUACUUUCACGGCUCUGUCCGAGGACACGUGGAUUCCUGGGUGGUGCUCACUACCUGCUCUGGGUUCAGUGGGCUGAUCAUACUCGAUCACAACAGCAGUUACUACCUGAAACCUCCAGCAAACUCCAGUUCUGAACCUCAUACCCUGUAUCGGGCGGAGGAUUUGUUGAUCAAAGGUGGAGCCUGCCAGCAAGGUGGCCUGCUACCAAACAGUGUGGCAGACAUCGCUGGAUUCUUCAGACCAGCUGCACUUCAGCGGAAAAGAAGGGAUACUUGGAGGACCCUGAAAUACAUGGAGCUCUUCAUUGUUGCAGAUUAUUCCCUGUUUAAAGCUCAAAAGCAGAACUUGGGAGUCACAAAGCAACGGAUUCUGGAGAUUGCUAAUUACGUAGACAAGUUUUACAGGUCCCUGAACAUCAAAGUUGCGCUGAUUGGUCUGGAAGUGUGGACGGACCAAGACAAGUGCACCAUCAGCGAUGAUGCUCACGCCUCCCUCAUCUCCUUUCUCCAGUGGAAAAAGACGCUGAGAGCUCGCAAGAAGUACGACAACUCGCAGCUCCUGACAGGUAUGACAUUCAAAGGGACCACCAUUGGAAUGGCGCCACUGGAGGGCAUGUGCAGUGCAGAAAACUCUGGUGGUGUAAGCAUGGACCACUCGGAGUUGCCCAUUGGAGCUGCUGCCACCAUGGCCCACGAGAUUGGGCACAACUUUGGCAUGAGCCAUGACGUGGAAGGCUGCUGUGUUGAGGCCACGGCGUCCCAGGGGGGCUGUGUCAUGGCUGCUGCCACCGGCCACCCCUUCCCCCGAGUGUUCAGCUCCUGCAGCCGCAGACAGUUGGAGAGCUACUUCCAGAAAGGGGGGGGCGCCUGUCUGUUCAACAUGCCAGACACCAAGGACCUGGUGGUGGGCAAGAAGUGUGGCAACGGAUUUCUGGAGGAAGGGGAGGAAUGUGACUGUGGGGAGGCUGAGGAGUGCACAAACCCUUGCUGUAACCCCCAGAAUUGCACGCUGAAAGCUGGAGCUGAGUGUGCCCAUGGAGAAUGCUGUGAUUCCUGCAAGCUAAAGUCGGCCGGGACGACGUGUCGAGAGCCGGCUGGGUCAUGCGACCUCCCGGAAUAUUGUACUGGUGCUUCACCUUACUGCCCUGCCAACGUUUACCUGUUGGAUGGCUCGAUGUGCUCCGAUGGCAAAGAGUACUGUAACAACGGCAUGUGCAUGACACACCAUCAACAGUGCAUCCAGCUGUGGGGACCAGGAGCUUGGCCGGCCCCAGAUGCCUGCUUCCAGGACGUCAACAAGGCUGGUGACAUGUAUGGCAACUGUGGGAAGGACCGGCAUGGCUACUACGUGAAGUGUGCCAAGAGAGAUGCCAAGUGUGGGAAGAUCCAGUGUCAAAGCCCAGCUGCCAAGCCCAAAGGGACCAACACCAUCUCCAUGGACACCACCAUCCGGUUUAACGGGCAGGAGAUCAAGUGCCGAGGAACCCUGGUCUAUGCCACCAAGGAUGAUGAGGGAGACCUGUCUGACCCGGGGCUCGUGAUGACGGGGACCAAGUGUGGAAAUGGGUUGGUAUGCAGAGACCAGCGGUGUCAGAAUGCUUCCUUUUUUGAACUGGAUAAAUGCAUCUCCAAAUGUCACGGCCACGGGGUCUGUAACAGCAACCAGAACUGCCACUGUGACGCCGGCUGGGCCCCCCCGUUCUGCGAGAAGCCGGGGCUGGGAGGCAGCGUCGACAGCGGCCCCGUCCAGCAAGACCAUUAUGAAGCCAUCUUGAUAACUCUGCUGGUGAUCUUCCUGCUGUUUGUGCCAGCUCUGCUCCUGGGUCUCUACACCUGCUACAGGCGAGAGAGUUCGCUCCUCAACAAGUGGGUCAAGGGCUUAAGGAAGAGACAGAAGACAGGCAGGAAUGGAGCUGUUCAUCAGAAAGCAACCCAGGGGCACGCUAACUCCGCCUUCACCUUGCAAGACAUUUCCUCUUCGAGCAAAGCAAAGCCCGGCACGACCAGCCAGGCAGCAAGAGGCAUUUCUGUGCUUAAGCAAAACCCUCCUCAAGAGCCACCCCACCCCAUCAACGUGGUACGGCCCCUGCGGCCUGGCUGUGGCCCCUCAGCCCCUCUCCAGAGGGACAUCAAACCUUCCAGGCCUCCACCACCACCUCUCCACAAGUUUCCAGCCACACCUCUGAAAGCCGGGGACACCAAACUGCCCCCUCCAAAGAAGCCCCUUCCUAGCACACCCCUCCGCCCCCCUCCGGUCAACCCGCAGCACAGGCUGCCUUACAAACCCUUGCCCAGGAAUCUUCUUGUGGCAAAGGACGUGGCAUCAGCUCAGAGCCCAGCCCUGCUGGUCAUGGUCCCUCCUGCCAACUCCAAGCCAGCAGGAAUUGGCGCCUUGAACCGUCUCUCAAAACCUCUCAAGCCAGCGCCACCUCAAAGACCCGUCCCAGGCUUAAAAGUCCAGCCAGCUUCCUUCCCCUUCAAGAAGUGACAAGGCUCGGCUGACCCUUGGGGAACAUUGCCUUUCUCAUUUGCACUACUGCGGUCCAACGCAGGGAUUUUUGUUACCAGAGACCUUUUCAACUUUUUUUGGGGGGGGGGAAGAGAAACAGUUCUACAAAUAACGGAGAAACUGUUAGGGGAGAGCUGUGGUUCAUGCGAUUGGUCCUUCUGUGUAUUGUGGGGCUGUAGAGAGUGGGGUGGACCUUGAGACUCAUGACUCCAAUCCACAGAAGCUUCGUGAACGUGAGAGACUAUCAUUACCUACCUCCUUGUUUUGCACAACCUCAUGAGAUGUUCUCUUCUGGACUGCUAGUACGAAUAGGGUGGACCUGUCCCUGAGUUGGUGUCCCAGAUUAACAGUUUGAUACUCCAGUUUCCCAGGCAUAUGAUGGAGCAAAGCAUUAGAGUGAAACCAGUUUCCCCAGCUGGACGUACUUCAAGUAUGUUGGGCUGAGCUCCCAUCACCUAUCUGGAAGAUGAUAGGAGUCAGCUCCAAAUCGUCUGGAAGACACCAGUUUGGGAAGACGAUGUAGAGCUAUUCCAGGGGUUGAUGAGUUCUGUUGGAGUCGCUGUUGACAUCUGCUUCUUCCUUCUGGGGAAGAGGGCCCAGUGGUUCCCUAUGAGCACAUCUCCUAUGUAAAGGAUUCCAGAGAACAGGAAAGGCCUUGGAAAAUUGCUUGAUGCCCUGGGAAGAUGCUGCUGGCCAGAACAGACAUUCCUGGGCAACUUCUUGGUUCCUUGAAGUAGGGAGACCCAAGACUUCAUUGGGCACAGGAAACAUCGUCUCCCUCAACCCUCCUUCCUCCAGUUACGUUGGGUGGGCGUUUCUACCCCACACAUCUGUAGCGACAAGGUUCAGGAUGUGUCUCUGCAGGAAAUCAACAUGAAAAUCCAC